AUGGCUCCCCCAAUACGCUUUCUCGUCCUCGUCCUUUUCUCGGUUGGCCUCGCCGCAAAAGUAGGAGACUGGACACUGUCUGAUUUCAGCCGAUAUUGUUACUCAGACACAAGCUGCGCCUACCAUUUCUUGCUCGGCGAGGACAAUCUCAACGGGGUCAACCCAAACGCGAGAUUUGUAUGUGACUUCACCGUGCCCAGCGAGGACGGGAAGCCGGCGAACGAGACGGAUUUCGAGAACGUGCCUUGCCAGCAGGGCCCGCCGUGGUAUCGAGUUAAUGGAGGGUGGAAUCCUGAUGGUUACGUCGUCAUUGUGGUGACAAAUACGGUGGAGAAUGCGUACGCCUUCUUUGGAUACAACGACGUGGAUCUUGAGGGAGGGACUCCGGUUGGGUGGCAGACACAGCCGGCGUUCGAUGUCGGCACCUUUGUUGACAAUGAUAUCGCCCCUCGGCAAGUCGAAGAGAGCCGUGAUUUCUGGGAGGGUUUGGAGCUGCUAAGGCUUCAUCUGGAAUUUCGAAGCUGGGAGAACAAUAAUGAACUUCUCAAUAGCUGUACUAUCAGCCAUGAGGCGUUCGAGGGGAUUGGUGUUGCGACAUGGGCCUUCUAUGACCAGAAGUGCAAUGACAGUGGCUGGUUUAUCUCAUGGGGCUACAACCAUGGUAGUGCCGUUAUGACCUGUGGUCAGAACAUACCUAAUUCAUGCCCCAGUUACGGCAAGUUUACGACAACAUCAAGCGUGCCGAUCGUUACCUUUGCGCAACCCCUCAAGGAUUUCGAGUACUUGGACCUGCUUGUCCUCCCCGAGAUGGCCUUCGUUGGACGUAAUUGGGUGUUCGCUUGA